GCCGUUUCGUUCGCGAGCGACACAUCCCAACUGCAUAUUGACUGGGAAUCCACCCACAGUCACGUCUUUAUUUCCAUACUGGACCACGACUGGAUCUCUGCACGCCAAAUGGCGGAGACCAGCACAGCUACCGCUGCGGAUGAAUCACGGACGUCGGAGGAUAUUUUUGACGACACCUACGCGGAGAAAACCGGUCCCAAACCUCCGAGGAGGCUGGUGUGGAGGAACAUCUUCCUCAUGCUCCUGCUGCACACCGGGGCGCUCUACGGAGUCUUCCUCAUCCCGGCUGCGUCUGCACUCACACUUGCCUGGACUGCUGUGUGCUUGUUCAUCAGUGCCCUGGGUAUAACAGCAGGUGCACACAGACUAUGGAGCCACAGAACCUACAAGGCUUCGUCACCUCUGAAAGUCUUCCUGGCUCUUGGCAACUCUAUGGCCUUUCAGAACGACAUAUACGAGUGGGCCAGGGACCACCGCGUCCACCACAAGUAUUCAGAGACGGACGCUGACCCCCACAAUGCAAAGCGGGGCUUCUUCUUCGCCCACAUCGGCUGGCUGCUGAUGCGCAAGCAUCCCGACGUCAUCGCCAAGGGCCGGAAGGUGGACCUGUCGGACCUGAAGGCCGACAAAGUGGUCAUGUUUCAGAGACGGCACUACCAGCUCUCUGUGGUCCUCCUGUGCUUCCUGGUGCCCAUGUUGGUGCCCUGGUACUUGUGGGGCGAAUCCCUCCUGGUGGGUUACUUCCUACCGGGACUGCUGAGGUACACCGUGGUGCUCAACGCCACCUGGCUGGUCAACAGCGCCGCGCACAUGUGGGGCAACAGGCCGUACGACCGCACCAUCAACCCCAGGGAGAACGCUCUGGUCGCCUUCAGCGCCGUAGGCGAGGGCUUCCACAACUUCCACCACACCUUCCCCUUCGACUACGCCACCAGCGAGUUUGGCUGCAGGCUCAACCUCACCACCGCCUUCAUCGACCUCAUGUGCUUCCUGGGUCUGGCCUCCGAGCGCAAGACCGCGUCCAAGGAGAUGAUCGCCGCCAGGGUGAAGCGGACGGGCGACGGCAGCGCUGCAAGUGGCUGAGGUGGACCGUGGCAACACAUGAUGGAGAUGGAGGCGGCGCCUGUAGGGUGAGAGAAUGAGGCGUCUGUGCCUCUUGCCUGCUGUUAGGAGACGCAGCUAGCUAGUGUAGCUUUUUCACCCAAGUAUUAAACAGAUUGGAAGAUGGAAAUGGGAUUCAGGCUUGAUUUAUGUCCCUUUUUCCUCUGCACGGUACCUACUCGGCUUGCUACGGCUCUCGUCGCAUUUCCAUUCUGCAAAUCAAGCUAGACGACAAAAAAGAAAGCAAAACACGCAUGCUAACGUGUGUCAGCUGUGGAUGCUGCAGUAUUACACUCCACAGUCUCCACUUUGCUGCAGCGCUCUGGUUUCUUGCUGCCCUCAGUCUCCUCCUGGAUCAAAGCAGCCUUUUCAUGGUGGUCUGAUGACAGGAAACCCUCCUCCUCCUCCACCCUUGCUUGUUAGCAUCUGACUGGUGCGUUCAAUGUGGCUUGGUUUUUGCAGCUUCCAACCAUCCCAAACCGAGCUGGUAUCACAGAUGAAUUCAUCUUCUCAGGGCGUCCAAUCGAUUGCAACUGGACUGUUCAGGUUGUCUUGGCUCUCAUCCGAGCAGACUUCAUCAUUUCUUCUAGUCUGAGAGCUGUCCUGUCUAGUCUGACUGGUGUGUCCCACCUAGUCUUAGAGCAUGAACUAGACUACAGCUGUCCUACGACGGGUGUGUGUCCCGCCUAGUCUUAGACCAUGAACUAGACUAGAGUUGUCCUAUGACGGGUGUGUGUCCCGGGUAGUCUUUGAGCAUGAACUAGACUAGAGCUGUCCUAUGACGGGUGUGUCCCGCCUAGUCUUAGACCAUGAACUAGACUAGAGCUGUCCUAUGACGGGUGUGUGUCCCGCCUAGUCUUAAAGCAUGAACUAGACUAGUGAAUGCUUAUUGGGUGUAAGCUUAUUGGGUGUAAGCACACCAGGUGAUGUGCACGUGUGUGCUGAGGGAGGGUGUGGCCUCAGGAGAUCAGAGUAGGGUGUGUACCAUUACAUCUGGCAUUUCAGAAAAAGAACAUGCCGGCAGUAAAAUGUGGUGGUGGUAGUGUGAUAGCAAAAUAAAAUGACGUGACCUUCUUGCUCACCCGACCUAAACCCUACUGAGUACUUAAACGUAAGAUUUACAGUGAAGAAAAAAGGUGCACCUCUGAACAGUCUGGGAGGGUUUGGUUGCUGCACAACGUUGAUGAAAUGACCAAGAAAGUGACAGACUGCACGGGUGGAAGGAAGGCUGUUCCGUGUUAUUGAAAAGAAGGGUGGCUGUAUUGGGCACUGAUUUGGUUUUGGAAAUGUCAAAUAUUUAUUUGUAAAUUUGUGUUUGUUUAUCAUUCUGACUUUUAAAAAAUGAAAAUAAAUUAGUGAGAUUCAAGUUUGAGGUUUAUUAACAUUUUGGCUUGACCAAGAGCACCAUUAGUGUUAAAUAAUAAAACAAUCAUCAAUAAUGCAAAUUGACGAAUAACUAUGCACACAGUGUCCUAUGACGGGCGUGUCCCGCCUAGUCUUAGAGCAUAAACUAGACUAGAGCUGUCCUAUGACGGGUGUGUCCCGCCUAGUCUAAGACAUGAACUAGACUAGAGCUGUCCUAUGACGGGUGUGUCCCGCCUAGUCUUAGAGCAUAAACUAGACUAGAGCUGUCCUAUGACGGGUGUGUCCCGCCUAGUCUAAGACAUGAACUAGACUAGAGCUGUCCUAUGACGGGUGUGUCCCGCCUAGUCUUAGAGCAUGAACUAGACUAGAGCUGUCCUAUGACGGGUGUGUCCCGCCUAGUCUAAGACAUGAACUAGACUAGAGCUGUCCUAUGACGGGUGUGUCCCGCCUAGUCUAAGACAUGAACUAGACUAGAGCUGUCCUAUGAACUGAUGAAGCCUGCUCGGAUGAGAGGCCAAACGUCUCUAUGACGACCUGAAGAGUCCAGCUGUGAUGGAUAGGAUGCCCUGAGGAUACAGUGACCUGUGACCUGGAUGAAGGAGGAUAUUCGCAGGCAGAUGAGUUCAUCACACCUGGAGACCAGCGAGGGCCACGUAGUGAAAAAUGAAAAGAUGCUAGUUUGCCACGUGGAUAUUUUGUAAAGAUCCGCUAAGAAGUGAUAUUAUAUUUAAAAAAAAAAAAAACAACAGUAUGAACUUGGUUUGCUCUUUUUUUCCCAUUUCUGAUGUCGUUUUUUUCUAGUACGUAAAUGUUCUUUUCAUCUUUAUGACUUCACGCCCAUAACAUUUUGGACUUUAUCCCUGCAAUAUGACGACUUUUUCCCCAAACUAAUUUUCCCAAAAUGUCAACGUUAUUUUUGUUUUAUUUGUUUUUCAUAUUACAACUUUAAAAAGAAGUGGUGGCCUAGCGGUGAGCAUGUUGGCCCACUGAUCUAAAAAAAAGACUGGAUUGAGCAACCUAUUGUUUUCACGCGCCAAAAUUUGAAGCCAGAUUUUUUCGAUCGCCGCCAUCUUGGUGAGACCACCUUACGCGCCACAGCUUUGUGAUUGUGCUGGUAUACGAACGCAGAAUUAGUGAAAAAUCAUCAAAAACAUCAGGAGUGCCAGUGAAGGAAGCGAGGAUGAGGAAACGCAACUUAAAAAGCACUUCCCAAGAACCUUCCACUCGUAAGUACUUUUACUUGGCACCUUUUUUUGACCUGAUAUAUGUGCCACUACUUGAACGGCUUUGCUUUGAAAAGUUCUCGAAAUGUAACCAAAAGUUAAAGUAUGAACUUUGAUGGGUGGUUUUGCAAGAAUUUUCUAGUUACACCUUCCUGUAACAACUAGGCCUUUUUUUGGUGCCUAGCCUAGCAAUCAAUGAUAAAAUUAUUUCUAUGCAGUUUUUUACAGUAGGCUUUGAGUAUUUGCACUUAUCUAAUGUCUUUUUGUACCAAAAAACAGCUUUUUUAAAAGCUACCACAACUACCAAGUUACAUUAAUUCUGAUACCACACAUGAUUCACGCAAAGGUAGAAGACAUGUGACAAAAUUUCUGCUUUCUUCCUGCCUUAACCUUAUCCUGAGAUAAAAAAAAUAAUGGUUUACCGUAGGAAAAUAAUUAGACAAAGAUAGACUUUAAAUUCCGUACGUAAACAAUGUUUGCAGGCUGCCACACAGCCAAUUUUUCGUCCGUCUCGAAGCUAAAAUACAUCUUACUAGCUUGAUAAAUGACACAAAAGCGUAUAAAUCUGAGUAGUUAUAACCUUUAGCAGUUGAUUUUGGUGGCUAUACGAUCAAUCGAAGUUAUACCAGUGCGUUGCCAUACUGUUGUCUCACAGCAAAGUGGUCUCACCAAGAUGGCCGCCGCAAAUUUCCAUUGGCUUCAAAAAUAAAACAAUAGAAGCUCGAUCCAGUCUUUUUUUUUAGAUCAGUGAUGUUGGCCACACAGUCAGGAAAUCUGGAAGAUCUGGGCUGGAAUCUCCGUUGGGCAUCUCCGUGUGGAGUUUGCAUGUUCUCCCCGUGUGUGUGUGGGUUUUCUCCGGGUACUCUGGUUUCCUCCCACAUUCCCAAAACAUGCAUGUUAGCUUCAUUGGAGACUCUAAAUUGUCCAUAGGUAUGAAUGUGAGUGUGAAUGCUUGUUUGUCUUUAUGUGCCCUGCCAUUGGCUGGCCACCAGUCCAGGGUGUACCCCGCCUCAGCUGGGAUAGGCUCCAGCAUACCUCCACGACCCUUGCGAGGACAAGCAACAUAGAAAAUGAAUGAACAUGUUUUUUCUUAAAUAUUUAAACUCUAUUUUUUUUCAUAAUCUAACAACUUUAUUCUCGUAAAAUCGUGAUGAAACCCGUUUCUCUUAAUGUUUGGACUUUAGUCUCAUAAAAUUGCAGCUUUUUUCCCCCCCUUUUUUUUUAUAUUUUCCAACUAUUUCAGCUUUCUUCUCGUAAUAUUUUAUUAUUUCAUAAUAUUUUUGACUUCAUUUAAUGUGCGAACUUAAUUAAAUGACAACUUAAUUUGCUCUUGUUUUUCUCAUAAUUCUACAACAUUAUUAUUGUAACGUCACGCUACUAAAAUUGCAUUAUUUUUCCUCAUAAUAUUACGUCCUCGUCCUCAUAAAAUUCUGACUUUUUCCUCAUUAGAUUUCAACUUUUUUCUUAAUAUUUUGACUUUAUUCUUGUAAAAUGUUGUUUUCUUUAAGAUUUCAACUCUGCUACUAAAAUGACUUUAUUUUCCCUCAUAAUAUUACGACUUGAUUCUGACGUUUUUCCUCCUCUUUGACUUUAUUCUUGUAAAAUGACAACUGUUUUUUCCAUUUCUGCUAUUUGUUUGUUUUUUCAACUACUUCAACUUUCUUCUUGUAAGUUUUCUUCUCGCAAUUAAGACUUUAUUCUUGUAAUAUUCUGACUUUAUUUCCUUCACAUUUUAAGUUUUUCCCCGACUUAAUUUCCCAAAAAGUACAACUUUAUUUGUUUUGUUUUGUUUCUUAUCAUAUCACAACUUUGGAAAAAAUAACGUACUUUUUUUCUUUAUUUCAACUUUAUUCUCCUAAAAUGAUAUUUUCCCUCAUGAUAUCACUACGUUAUUCUUGUAAAAUGACUGCUGAUUUUUACAUUUUUGCUGCUGUUGCUGUUUUCUUUUUGUUUUUUUGUUUUCUUGUUAAAUUAUAUUUUUAGAAUGUGCCGCUGGUUACUAAUGUUGUAGAUGCUCUUGAUUUUACCCCUAAACUACCAUAUUUUGCGCUUCUUUUCCGUUGCCCCGUUCUAAUAUUUACAAUUUUUCCCUUCGUAAAAGUCAUAAUAUGGUCAUUUUUCCAUCAGUAAAAGUCAUAAUAUGGCCGCACCACAUGAGGCAGUCUUUAGACAGAAAAAAAACUACAUUGUUGCUCCAUUUUCCCUUAUUUUUCCGGAAUAUUUCCCAUCUUUUAUCAUGCAAAUGUUGACCGGUAUGGAAUAAAUAUCGUAUUUAAAUCUGAUAUUUAUUAAAAAUCUCCAGCAACCGGCACCUGGCACCCUUUUUGGUAACAGUAUAGUCUUCCUAAACCACAAAUUGCUGCGCUGAAGUUGAGAAUGCAAGCAGUCCAUCUACUCUGUUGUCUUUUUGCCGUCCACUAGCAUGAGUUCAAGCUUUUGUUUAAAACGUGGAGAUAAGUCGUCCCUCAGAUAAGAAAGACCAUGAGACGUGCGCUGCAGCAAACUACGAGGUGUAGUCACAUGGCAGGAUUUUUAAGCAAAAGCCUCGGAAGGCAGAUCUACCUGUAAGGGAAAAAAACAAUAUUGGCACAAUUCCUUCUUUCAUUUGCAGUAUAAUCAUGGCUUUAUUGCAGGCCGCUUUCCAGCGAGGCCCACAUAGUGAAAAAUGAAAUGAUGCACUUUGAUAUUUUGUAACUUUUUUUUUUUUCCUUACAAUGGUGUGAAAAAGUGUUUGCCUCCUUCCUGAUUUCUUUUGUUGCACGUUUGUCACAAUUACAUGUUUCAGAUCAUCAAAGAAAUGUAAAUAUUAGUCAAUGACAGCACAACUGAACACAAAAUACUGUUUUUAAAUGAAACUUUUUAUUAUUAAGGGAGAAAAAAAGUCCAACGCUACAUGUCCCUGUGUGAAAAAGUGAUGGCCCCCCACUUAAAACAUAACUGAAAUGAAUUGAGAUCUAUCAGUGUGGAAAAGGUCAUAAAGCCAUUUCUAAAGCUUUGGGACUCCAGCGUACCACAGUGAGAGCCAUUAUCCACAAAUGGCGAAAACAUGGACCGGUGGUGAACCUUCCCAGGUGUGGCCCGCCAACCAAAAUGACCCCAAGAGCGGAGCGAUGACUCAUGCGAGAGGUCACAAAAGACCCCACCACAACAUCCAAAGAACUGCAGGCCUCACUUGCCUCAGUUAAGGUCAGUGUUCAUGACUCCACCAUAAGAAAGUCCCUGGGCAAAAACAAGUUCCAAGACCAAAACCACUGCUGAACAAAAAACAUUAAGGCUCGUCUCAUUUUUGCCAGAAAACAUCUUGAUGAUCCCCAAGACCUUUGGGAAAAUACUCAGUGGUCUGAUGAGACAAAAGUUGAACUUUUUAGAUUGUGUGUGUCCCAUUACAUCUGGCAUUUCAGAACAUCAUACCAACAGUAAAAUAUGGUGGUGGUAGUGUGAUGGCCUGUGGCUGUUUUGCUGCUUCAGGACCUGGAAGACUUGCUGUGAUAAAUGGAAGCAUGAAUUCUGCUGAAGGAGAAUGUCGGCCAUCUGUUGGUGACCUCAAGCUGAAAGCAACUUGGGUUCUGCAGCAGGACAAUGAUCCAAAACACACCAGCAAGUCCACCUCUGAAUGGAUGAAGACUUGGAGUGGCCUAGUCCAAGUCCUGACCUGAAUCCUAUUGAGAUGCUGUGGCAUGACCUUAAAAAGGCGCUUCAUGCUGGAAAAGCCUCCAAUGUGGCUGAAUGACAACAAUUCUGCAAAAUUCCUCCCCAGCGCUGGAAGAGACUCAUUGCAAGUUAUCACAAACACUUGAUUGCAGUUGUUGCUGCUAAGGGGGGCCCAACCACUUAUUAGCUUUAGGGGGCAAUCACUUUUUCACACAGGGACAUGUAGCUUUGGAUGUUUUUCUCCCUUCAUAAGUUUCAUUUAAAAAGUGCAUUUUGUGUUGAGUUGUGUUGUCAUUGACUAAUAUUUACAUUUGUUUGAUGAUCUGAAACAUUUAAGUGUGACAAACGUGCAAAAAAAAGGAAAGGGGGGCAAACACUUUUUCACACCACUGUAUGUAAGUACAGUCAUGGAAAGAAUGAUGAGAGCACCCUUGCUUCUUGGGUUGAUUGAUCCAUUGUAAGGCCUGCUACAACUAAAGGUACAUUUGCUUGGACAAAUACAGUAUAAUGAUAGCAAAUAUAGCUCAUAAGAGUUGAACUUGUCAUGUUUCGCAGGACAGGAGCGAGUGUUUCCUGUCCUGCGCCCUUAUGUUGGCGAGGUGUACUUCUGGUGUGGUGGAAGAUACAGCAGCUUCACGCCUGGUGUCCGCACAGCUGCGGACGAUUUGUAUUAGCGGCAGUUAAAAGGCCGUUUAAAGGUUCGUUGUGGUUGUCACUGUCAUUGAACCUCGUUGACUUUCCAGUGCUGUCACCUGCCUGUUUAUAUUACUUUUGUAUUUUUCCCACAGCUUUUCCUCUGUCACUUUUAGUUUUUUCUUGUCUUGUGCAAUAAAAUUACUUUUAUUUUUGCACUUCGCCGCCUUCUCUCUGCACCCUGAGGUCAAGCUUCCGACGGCUCCAAUGAAUCCUGACAGAAUUGAAGAGCUGAUAUCUACUGCAGCAACUUCCAUGCUUUUCUUGAUAACCAAAAUCACUUCAGUUCUUACAUGACUAGCUAUAGCAUUGUACUGCCAAAAAGUUUAACUCUUGUGAGCAAUUUUUGUUGUCAUUGUUAUAGUUGUCCGAACAAAGGUACCUUUGGUUGUAUCAGGCAUUCAAAUGAACAAGAAACGGAAGAAACAAGGGCGGUCUAAUCAUUUUUUCCAUGACUAUGUCAAGGAAAAAGUGCAUUUCGGCGUUGUGACGUGUGGAAAAGCCUAUGAUUGCUAUCAACUUCACUCUUUGUUUUUUUUCUUAAUAAACCUUUAUAAUAUACCUCUUCUAAUGUUAUGACUUUAUUCCCAUAAUAUUCUGACUUUUUCCUCAACCUAAUUUUCCAAAAAUUGCACCUUUUAUUUUGUUUGGUUUCUCAUAAUAUAACUGCAAACAAAAACGUCAGCGUUUCUUCUCGUCAGAAUCGGAAUACGACUUUUUUCCUCUAAAUAUUUUGACUUUAUUCUCGUAACGUUGUAACGUUUGCCGCAACUGAAAUUUCUGAAAAUUACAACUUUGUUGUUUCUCAUAAUAUUACAACUUUUAGAAAACUUCUUUAAUAUUUCAACUUACAGUAUGCUGAUAAAAUGAUGUUUAUGUGUCUUCAUAACAAUACUGUGUUAGUCUCAUAAAAUUACCACAUUUUCUCAUUAGAUUGCAACUUUUUUCCUCUUAAUAUUGUGGCUUUAUCCUCGUAAAAUUACACCUGAUUUUUACAUUUUUGCUGUUGGCUUUUUUUUCUUAUGAAAUCUUAUUUUUGGAAUGUGCCCCGGGGCUGCACUUUGGACACCCCUGUUGUGUGUGUUUUGUUGUUUUUUUUCAAAAAGUGAAAACAAGGAAUGAUAUGAUUGUCAAACACUAGAAGAGGAGGUGUUAUGAAAUGUUGU